GAAACUCCCCAUCUAUCCAGUCACAGGGGCGACGCGUCCUGGAGGGUAUCGUUUUCCCCCCCUCCCCACUUCAGCUGUUUUCAUUUUCCCCCGUCGAGCUUUGGAAAAGUUGAACGCGUGGCGGUGUAGCGCUCCGAGUCGUCGAGUUUGAACGGGAUUCGGCGGCGGAUACCUAUCGAAAUCCACCGCUCUGCCCAAGAGCGCAUCCACAUUUUUAACUUUUUUUUUUCUUUUCUUUUUUUUGGGAGGGGGGGUGGUGUCCGGUCAAGUAGUGGACUCUCGGGCGGAGCCGUCAUGGCUUUCAUGGUGAAACACAUGGUGGGGGGACAGCUGAAGAAUCUGACCGGCGGUCUGACGGAGGAGAAAACCGAGGGAGAGAAGUCGGACGCGGCUGCGCAGGGAAUGACCCAGGAGGAGUUCGAACAGUACCAGCAGCAGCUAGAGGAGGAAAAGCAAGAACGAGAAGCUCAUUUUGCCCAGAAAAAGGCCGAGCGAGCAACAGUUCGAAGUCAUUUUCGGGAUAAAUACAGACUACCAAAGAAUGAGCUGGAUGAGACCCAGAUCCAGCAGGCAGGGGAUGAUGUGGAGCUGCCCACAGAGCUGGCCAAGAUGAUUGCUGAGGACAACCAAGAGGAAGCACACAAGCAGUCGGUGCUCGGCCAGCUGACCAACAUCCAGAAUGUGGACAUGGAUCAGCUGAAAGACAAAGCACAGGCCACGCUGGAGGACCUCAAAAAACAAACGGAGAACUGCAACCUCAUGUAGUCCAGCCAAGUGAAUAUCCCUGCCCUCUGUCUUUCUUGCCUUUCACUAACGCCCUAUGUUCUCUGAACCUCACUUUACCAGUGAUAUCCCAAUCAAUGUAUGAUGUUGGGUUUGAAAUUGUAGCGUCCAUAUGUUACCUUAAAUGUGGAAAAUUUGAAAAUUUCUUACUUUUUUUCUGGAUAUUUAGGUGAUAUUCUCAUCCAGAAAGACCCACAGUUAGUCAGUGAGCAAGUAGGAGUUUUGUGUCUUGCCCAAGGACACUUCAACAGGGAAAAAGCUGUUGAAGGGAUCAAUCCUAAAACCUCUUGGGUUAUGAGACAGUCCUCUUCUAUCACUUUUGUAAAUCUACACAUUCGUCAAUAAGUGUGAAAACUAACUAUUUUUUCCCCAAAUUCACUGUAACAUAUAAAUAAAUGUAAAUUAUACUCAGAGUAACUUAUGUGUGGCCAUUGUGUGACAGGUACGGAGGAAAAUUGAAUGCUUCAGUUUGUCGUAAGCCAAAGCCUCUGCUGAAAACAUACCAACCGACAUAAAAGAAAUACCACAAGUAUGUUCAAGUGUGGAACUGCUCCCCGCCCUUAUAUCUCAUUGACCUCCCUGUCUCAGUGGUGCUGUUUAGUGCUGGUGGUUUUGUGUUGUUAAGCCAACGUGAUUUGUCAAGUGCUGUCUUUAAAAAACGUCGUCAUUCAGCUGGUAGUGCUAGUCAUAGUGUUAGACAGCACACAGCCGCUACGGGCGUGGCGUGUACUCGGUAUUUCGUCUGACUUGGUGUUUUCUGGUGAAACUCAAGUGAAGCUGUGGAUGAAUGUGAUAAAGAGAGGAUGUCGGUGUCGUUUGUGUAACGUAUGUGUAUAUACUCUUCUCCCAGUAGUUCCUCUGUGAUUUUAUGCAGAAAUAGUGCUUGAAGAUUUUUUUUUAAUUUUUUAAAUUUAUUAUUUCACUUCUUUGUCCAUUUCUAUUUUGUUCUUGUUGGGCAACCGGAAGCUCUAAACAUUUGGAAUAUACAUUAUAGUGUUUUACGGGGAAAUUAAGCUGUAUUGUAUUGUCAUUUUAUUGAAACAUGUUGUCCAUCAGAGGUGGCAAUUUUGUGUGGUUAUGGCAUUACAGUAAUAUGAUAAAUGAGCUAAAGUGCAAUAAAUACCUAUUUUUGUGUGGAAACUUCCCACAUUUGUUAAAUGGGAUUAAGAGGGGUAAAUUGGAUUCAUAAUCUGAUUGCUGGUUAUAACUGAGUGUGUGAUAUUCAGUAAUAAAUAUAAACUUUUUUUCUAUAUCAUUUUUGACAUCUGUGUAACUGAUAUUUCAGGAAAUGGCUGCCAUGACACUCGGCGGCUUUUCCUCUCUGGCUGUUUCUUAAUCUACUCAUUUCUUUUACAUGAUCGCUGUUAUUCUAAAUCUCUCAAGGAUCUUAAUGCUUUUGAGUCGACAGUAGAAAUUACAAUAAACUC